GACCCCUAACACAUAUAAUUAACUGCUCUAUAACCUCUCAUACAUUCCCUACUGCAUGGAAGGAAGCGGAAGUGAUUCCCAUAGUGAAAGACAGAGACCACGAAGUAGCGUCAAGCAACCGCCCGAUAUCUCUUCUUGCCAUAGCUUCUAAGGUUUGUGAAAAAAUUGUUCUCGAACAAUUCAGUAGCUACCUUAUAAGCAAAAACCUGCUCUCUCCUCAUCAAAGCGGAAAUAAAAAACUCCAUUCCACAGAGACCCUGAACAUUUUUAGUACCGACACGAUGCUAGAGGCUAUGGACAAAAAGGAACUCACCGCUCUAGUAUUAUUAGAUCUCUCAAAAGCCUUCGACAGUAUUAACCAUCACAGAUUGUUACACAAACUAGCGAAUGUCGGCGCUUCCCCAGCAACAGUACAGUGGUUUAAAAACUACUUGUCAGAUCGCUUUCAGUCCACCCGCAUCAACUCCGCCCUAUCUGAUCCACUACCAAUCACUCACAGAGUACCCCAAGGUGCGACACUUUCACCAUUAUUAUUUUGUAUUUACUUGAACGAUCUUCCCUCCGUAUCUCGUGACUCCAGCCUUGAAUCGUACGUUGAUGACUCAAAAGUUCUCCUCUCCUUCCCAUUACGUCAGAUUGAUGCAGCAAUUGCAAAUCUCGAGCAAGACCUACACAGAGUUGCAAGUUGGUGCUGUGAAAACCACCUUUUAA